AAAAUAUAUUUUGAUUUGUUUAGCACUUUUUUGGUGUGUCCAAAUCAUCGCCUACUUCUAUGGCUCUGAAUUGAAGUCCAUAGUGGUUCAUCAUGUCCAGUUCACACAAUCGUCCCUCUAGGCUAGUAGGCUUCCGUAUUUCCGAACGUGUUUGCAAGCAGCAUCUACUCGAGAAGGGCAAAGUUUAUUCUUUCCUGCCAUCCUUUUGAUUUUUCUGAAAUCAUUUAAGAAAUAACCUUUUCUCUCGCUGCCUGUGGCUCGGUUCCAAGCUGUGUGAGGAGAUCCGUGACACGUUUCCCGCCGGUCACAUUUUGACUGUGUCAGUGGAGCCGCACCAAAGUGGAGAGAGUCCCCUUCAGCACUACAACACACUGCUGAGUUUAGCCUCACUGCAAAGGUCUGCUGACGGUGUGCUCCUGUUUCACAAUGACCAGGCCCUGACCCGAGCCCAGGCCCUACAGAGGGCGCUCAUGAGCACAUCAUCCUCUCUCUCUGGUGUUCCACCAGCAGCAAGCUCCCUCUCUGUGAUGAAUACACACAUCGCUGCCUCACCACAGCCAGUGUAAAUUGCUGGUUUCGGCAGUUUCUCCCAUGCAUCUCCGGUGGCCUGAGUUUAGUUGUGGAGCCCUGGGAGCUGAUGAGGUCUGUGUGCCCUUUACCUGCAGUCAAACUCCUCUACACCACGCAGGCUUGUUCCAGUGAGAAGACUCGCUGGGAAUCCUUGGCCAGCUGCACGCUCCAGGCUGUUCCACAGUUUUCCCCCACAGGGAAAUCUUAUAGUAGCUGGGCAGUGUUGGCUGUGGCCAGAUGCAACAAGGAUGGCUCUUUCUUCAUGUCCAAUGCACUUCAGAAGUUGAAAAAAGGGCAGCGAUGUGUCUCUUGGAAACCCUUUCCCCUUGACCACUGGACUGGUGCUGUUGUUUGUGCUGUUGUCGGCAUGGCGGUGGUCAUCCGUUUACAGGGGCUCAGAAUCACUGCAGGUUCUGAGGACAUUCGCAAGUUCUUCACUGGCCUCAAAAUCCCAGAUGGUGGGGUGCACAUUAUUGGUGGGGAGCGUGAGGAGGCUUUCAUAAUCUUUGCUUCCGAUGAAGACGCGAGGCGGGCAAUGACCCGUUCGGGGGGAUCCAUCAAAGGUUCUCCGGUUCGCUUACGGCUGAGCAGCAAGUCAGAAAUGCAGGCUGUUCUCAAGGAAAGUAUAAAACCUGAGGUGACCAAAAAGAGGUUGUCCAAGGAAGGUUUCAGAAGACCGGAAAGAGAAGGCAGGAAUGAGAAACCUCGAAGAAAAGACAAUGUGGAGAUGGGCAGUAGAUCAGUGUCGUACAGUGACACACGUAGUCUGGCCCGAAAGCCUUCCUCACAGCCAAGCAGUCAAAAUGACUUGUAUUUGCUUAUGCAAGGCAUGCCUUUCACUACGACCGAAGAGAAUGUGAGAAAAUUCUUUGACGGAUUAGUGGUGGAGGACAUUAUUAUGAUGAAAAAUGACAGCGGGCAACAAAAUGGGAAAGGAAUUGUCAAGUUCAAAACCAGACUGGAUGCUAGAGAGGGUCUGAAAAGGGAUCGGCAUUACAUUGGAACAAGAUUUGUGGAAGUCUAUGCAUGCUCAGAAGAGCAGUGGUUUGAGGCAGGUGGUGGUAUGGAACCUGGUAAAGACAGCAGUGGUAAGUUUAGAAGAGGUCCAUCCUCAGCUCACACUCUGAGGUAUCCUCCAGACCGUGCCAGGUCUCGCUCACCAGUAGCCUACAGGUCUACAAAGUCCUCUUCUCCUCCCAAUGAGGAGUUCUGUGUCUUGGUGGAAAACCUCCCCUACUUAGUGGAGAAGAGAGACAUAAAGAAGCUCUUCCAUCCUGCAGACCUCAAGUAUGACCAGAUCCUUCACCUUCAUGACAGGUAUGGGAAAAAUACUAGGUCCAUAUUUGUGCUUUUCAGAAGCCUGAGGGACUACUGUGCUGCCUUGACUCUUCACAAGCAGGAAUUUCUCAACCGAUAUGUGUACAUAUCUCCUAUUUCGAAAGAGAAAAUGGUCGCCAUUCUAGAAUCUGUGGAAAAUCCAAGGGAUGGGGCACCACCCUCUGAAAGGUCUUACAGCAGAUCUCAGGAAAGGCUUCCAAGAGAGACCGAGAAGGACUCGUAUGAAUCUGAGAAGAUUUGCCUCUAUGUGCGCAAUCUGCCUUUUGACGUGCGCAAAGUUGAGAUUGUGGACUUCUUCCUCGGCUUCAGGAUCUCAGUGGAGACUGUUGUUUUGCUGCGUGACCAUAAGGGCAAUGGACUUGGAGAGGCUUUGGUGAUCUUUCAGACUGAGGAGGAGGCUAUGAGGGCACAGUCUCUGAAUGGACAAGGGUUUCUUGGAGCAAACGUCAUCCUGAAAUGCAUUUCUCUGGCUCAGAUGCGUGAAUUUGGUGUUGGUGAACCUGCAGUAACAGAGCAACAGAUGAUACCAAGGGAGAGAAGCUCAGAGAGGUACUCGGCCAGGAACAGUGAGGCGAUGUCCCAUCUGUACACUGAUUACAGGGUUACCCCUGAUAGAGGCCAUCUUCCUAUGAACGACCUGCAGGUUCAUAUUCAUGGAGGCAGCAGUCUGGGUCUGGAUUCUCACAUGAUGCAAAGCCCUGUUCUGCUUGAUAACAGGGGCAAUGGAUCUGUUCAUGGACAUGGAGACUAUGGACCUUCUGCCCCCCAGCAGUUUGAUGGUCCAACGUGCCUGAGACUGGUUAAUCUGCCUUCAACUAUCAGAAUUGACGAAAUCUAUGACUUUUGCUAUGGAUAUCGUGUAAUUCCUGGAUCCGUCUCAUUGCAGUACGACAACAAAGGGAUCCCCAAAGGCUCAGCAACGGUUGUUUUUGAAUCUCGCUUGGAGGCGUUAACGGCAGUUGAGGAAUUGAGUGGAAGACCAAUAGGCAGCAGAAAAGUCAAACUAGUUUUUGUGUGAAAUUUGACAUUUGUCCUCCAUAUAGAACAUGAAAUAACCUUUUUAGGCUUUAAAAUUUGACGUUUUAGGAAGAACAACUUGGACAGUAUUUCAUUAGUUUGGUGGUUCCAACAGAUGGCGACUGAACAAUUUUAGAUUUUAAAAAUACUGUAUAGCC